AUGUAUUGUGGUGGACACAGCCACCGCGGGCGUUCCCACAGCCACCUUGCCUUCAUUUCAUAUCUCGCGAUCGCUUCGUUCCUCAUUGAACUUUUCGACCCACGUCCGGCUUUUAAGAAAUCCAGGGACUAUGGAAAUUCUCAAUUACCUCCGGACGAAACCCCAGCAGUGGCAGCUUCUCCAACUAGGACCGAUGCAGAAUCUGAGGCUUGGUCAACAGAGUCCGAAGAGUCAGCGAAUCCCCAGCCUCGUUAUGCGAGUUACAAGCAAUAUCUUGAUGAGAAUGUGGCGGAUUGGCCUGAGUUGAAGUGGAUGCAGAUUUUCAUGAACACUCCCAGCGGGGAUCCCGAUGAUACUAGGGUAACGGUUAUCGAUUCUAUUGAUGGCGCCUUUCAUUGCCAAGCUGUACCUAUUACUGAACCUAGCAAUUUCUCGAGAGUGCUUGAAUCUCGAGGUCCUGAGGUGAAGACUCGAAUUAUCCGCGUGGACUAUGAGGCAAGUCUCUGCAUUGAUCGGAGUGUGGUGGAUACGCUGGGCAAGACUUUCGACAUCGACCCUUUGGUUUUUCAAGAGCACUUCUGCCACGAAAACUUGCAUUGCGAUCAUGGAUAUUCGGCUCGACUUCAUGAAUCGAUCCCAAAGCAUCGAGUCGCGCAUUUGGCUUCUCAGUAUCGGACAAGCUCCGGCAUCAACUUGCACGUCGCCUUCCACAGUUUCACAGCUUGCGUAAUGCUCUGUAAUGCUGAAAGGUCACAUUGA